UGGUCAAUUUACCAAUCUACAGGUGAACAGGGUCCUGCAAGGAGAUUCAAAUUAGCCCACCGUCCGGCCGGCGGAGCGUUAAGACCACUGCGUUGUAAAAAAAUAAAUAAAAAAAUAAAAAGAAAAAAUGCUCGCGCUCCUGUUACUGGCUGUUGUGGCCGCCCUGGUGCAAAGUGACGAAGAAACCAUGAAGAACUUGACUAAAAUCACGUGGGCGCACGCUGUCAACAACAAAACAUAUUUGACGGCAGCUUUAGCAAGCGAAACUUCAAUGCUGGAAGCGGAUAUUGUCCUCGGGACUUUAGUUGGUCAGGACGGUCCCCCGAUUCCCAUAAUGGCCCAUCCGCCAGCCACGACAUCCGAUCUAUCCCUAGCAGAGUUCCUGUCUACAGUAAAGCAAUAUAACAACGUGAAUUCAAAGCAAAAAGGGGUGAAGUUGGACUUCAAAAGUAUCGAAGCUUAUGAGAAGAGUCAGGAUCUGAUCGCUCCAUAUGCUAAGCCAGAGGCAACCUUCCCUCUCUGGCUGAACGCUGACAUCCUCCCGGGGCCAGUGGAGGCCACAACCAAACCAGUGGACCCCAUUAAGUUCAUUCAGCUUGGCGCCAAGCACCCUCGCGCUGUUCUUUCCAUCGGCUGGACCACCAACUACGGCGGGAACAUCACCGAGGGAGAGUACAGCCGGGACCAGAUCGGGGCCAUGCUCAGGCUCGUCAAUGAGCAGAAGAUAAACCAAACUGUCACAUUCCCAGUACGCGCUGGCCUCGCGUCAAACAGUCAGCCAGUCCUCCUGGACUUGCUCCGAGAGACAGCUUCCCUUAACUCCUCGAUGACUGUCUGGUCGAGUGAGGGCGACAACGUCGAGGUGGAUCGUCUCAAAGCCCUGAUCUUAACAGUGGGCCUGGAGAGGACCUACUUGGACGUGCCGCACGAUCUGGCCGCCAAGCUCCAGCUGCCUCCAGCAGAUAAUGUAAAGAACUGAGGAGUAAACUUAGUUUGAAUAUGGA